AUGGUGGUAAAACGCUAUCUUCGCCCCGGUGAUGUCUAUGUCCAUGCCGAUCUUCGUGGAGCGGCUUCAGUGGUGAUCAGGAAUAAAAACGUGAACAAUGAGAUUCCUCCAAAAACGUUGAUUGAGGCAGCACAGUUGGCAAUUUGCUAUUCCGGUGCGUGGGAUUCGAAAGUAAUUUCCAACGCAUGGUGGGUACAUCACGACCAAGUUACGAGAACAGCUCCAACUGGUGAAUAUCUACCAUCCGGCUCAUUCAUGAUUCGUGGAAAGAAGAAUUUUCUUCCCCCAAGUCAACUGGUGCUGGGAUUUGCUCUACUAUUUAAGUUAGAUGAAGACAGCAUUAAACACCACGAAGGAGAACGCAAUCAGUUCAACAAUGGUGAAGAGGAAACGCCAAAGCAAGAAGAUGAUGAAAACGAAGAUGAAAUUUGCAGAGAAGAGGAAGAUGGUGCAGAAGCUGAAGAAAAUGAGGAGGAGGAAGAGGAAAUGCAAUUCCCGGAUGUUAAUGUUCCGAUUAAUACACUCAAUCUUGCCGACACACAAGAGGAAUAUUCUAUACUUGAGAUUGGUGCAAAAGCAAAUAGACCUGCUCAAAUUGUGCCCCCUGAAACGAGGAAAUAUUUGGAAGAUAAACAUCAGGUCGAGGACCUAACAACAAAAUUGAAGCGAGAACAAGCAGCUGCUGCACGACAAAAGAAGAAACAGAAGCUAAUCAAAAAGAAGUAUGCGGAUCAAGAUGAAGAGGAAAGGGAACAACGAAUGCAAAUACUUGGAAGUCGAGGACAGCCAAAGAAUGUUCCAGAAAAGAAAGAGGAGCAACCCGUUGUUGAGCAAAAACCACGAAAAGAAACAAAACGCGACCCAAUGCGGAAGAAUCCAUCACAAGAAGGAGGAGAUGAAGGAGUAACGGAUGAGAAUGUGGUGAUGCUCGACGAUGCUGUUGAAGAAAAUGUGCAAACGUUGACAGGACGACCGCUUGAAGAGGAUACGCUGCUUUUUGCUCUUCCAGUUGUCGCACCAUAUAAUACGCUGACAACGUAUAAAUACAAGGUGAAAUUGACCCCUGGAACUGGAAAAAGAGGAAAAGCCGUUAAGUCUGCUCUUGAGUUAUUCAUGCGUACUACAGCAGCUGCCCCACGAGAAGUUGCGUUGAUGAAAGCUCUAAUUGGAGAUGAUUCGGCGUCACGGAAUGUUCCCGGAAAAGUGAAAGUAUCGGCUCCUCAACUCCACGCAAAA